GCGCCGGAUGAUGACGUCAGAGCCGUCAGUGGAUGGAGUCACAGCACCUCCGUCAGCUGCGCAGCUGAGCCUGCCCAGGAGCGGGCUGUGAGGGGAUGAAGAUCCUGAAUGAUCGUGUUCUGGGGUCCUGAGCUACCGGGGAUUGCAGUAAGGAGGGAUCCGCUGGGCCGCAGCUGUCCUCUGGGAGGAGCAGUCAGUGGGGGGCCUGAACCUGAUAUGCCCUAGUGGACUUCUUUCCAUAUUGCACCAAAUAUGGACACCUGUACGAGAAGCCAGGUUGGCCAAAUGAAGCCUAAAGUAACAGUGAAAAAAGAAAAUAUCAGCGAGGGGCUGCUGAGUGCUAUGAAAUCUGUACUUCAAAGUAGGAAGGAGCUGUGUUCUAUCACAGACUGUCUGAAGAGUGGCAACAAGGAGGAUUUCAUUGAGAUUACAUUUCUUGGGCUUUCUACUGAGCACGGAAUAAGAAACAUUCAGGGUGUAACGGCACUUUACGUGGAUGUCCCGGAAUUGAUACAAUCUCCCCAUCUGUGUAAUUUAAAUGAGAAUGAAGUUAUUUUCAUGAACAAUGGAAAAGUGAAUGCAAAACCUAGUACAGCGCAAGUAACACAGAAUGCUUUUUCCGGCUCUUUAUGUAUGAUGACCUCUGCACCAUUUUCACUUUUUAAAAGAGACUAUCUGUAUGUCCUGCUGAGCAAGUUUUCAGCUGGAGUAUUGUAUGCAAUAGACCAGGACUGCUUGAGAAUGAAUAAGAAGGAAGAUCAUCAUGAGGACGACGACACAAACCAUUCGGUCUCCUCAAUUGAGGAUGAUUUUGUAACUGCAUUUGAACAUUUAGAUGAAGAGGAUCCUAUUAAUACAACUGACAGACAAGGAAUGCAAUGGGGACCCUCGACAAAUCAACGAGAUGCUGCCUCUCAGACACAGUCUCCUCACUGCCUAGACAUCAGUGGUACAAAAAUCAUAUUUAGUUCUGUGCGUCGUAGAUCAUCUAUCAAGUCUACAGUGCUAAUGAGUUACUUGGAACAUCAGGAUUAUUCAUCAUUGGCUAAAAAUACUGGCAAUGCAUCAUGUGAUACAUGGAAGCAUGCAAAUUGCCAAGACAAAAACAUGUUUUCUCCAUCUCCUACAGAAUCCUAUGAGUCUGAUUGCUCUAGCCCAAGUCCUAUUAUUUUCUUAGAUGAAGAAGGGUAUCAGAAAAGCUUAAGAGCAAAACUUAGCCUUCCAAAGAUUCCAGUUGGAAAAGAUGGUGUUGAGGACUCAGAUUCAGAAUUAAGUGAGUUUUUUGAUAGCUUUGAUCGGUUUGAUGAACUGGAUCCAUAUUUAGAAGACAAUUUGCAGGUUAAUAAGAAGCCUUAUCUAGACAGCCCUCCUAAGAAAAGAAAAAAUGCAAAAGUAAGUGUAAGCACAGUUUGCAUGAACCCACAAAAAUUUAAGUUUGAUCGCCCCACACUGUCAGCUAGUAUAAAAAAACCAACCCCUCGUAAAGCAGAGUCUCCCUUUAGCAGUAUAGUUGAUGUACCAGAAUCUCCACGCCUGACAAAGACAGGUUCUGAGGAUAAUGGAUCCUUAUUUAGUCCCAUUAGAUCAUCUGCUUUUAGCCCACCUGGAAUUGCUAUAGGCUCAGAUGGUCCUCUUCAACCAGGAAGCCAAAGUGAGACUGCAUCUUCUAAGGCAGAUUCUUAUGUUGCUUUUAACAAUUAUGCAAACCGUGUAUGUGCCGACAUGUUUGAUUCUGUGUUAAAAACGAAACCAUCCUCUGAGCUUUUGAAAAAAGAACCUGAGAAAGUUACAAAGUUUAAACGCAAAUCAAAUAAAGAGUCUGAACGAAAAAUUAGGACAAAGCAUAAAUCCAUUAAAGGAGGAAUUCAGAAAUUUGCUGCAGAUCUGGUGGAAAAAAGCUUUGGAAGUGCAUUUAAAGACUUACAAAGAGGGGUUUCUUCUUGUACUAGUGCAUUAUGCCAUCUAGCAUCAAGACUAACAUCAUAUGUGUUUCAAAUGGCUUUCUAUGAAAUUGGUAGGAGACAGGCGUUUUCAAUUAAGAAACGUGCUAUUAAUGGCUUGGCAAAUCUUAUGGUAAGUGAAGUCAUGACAAGUGCUUUGCAAGAACUCCGCUAUAUAAAGAAACAAAUGGUUACCAAUGCAGUUACACGAUUUGCUGCAGACCUUGCAGAAGAACUUGUUUUUGAAGGUAUUAUGGAAGUAUGCCAGUUCUCUCACCCAGCUACUCCAAAUGUUUCUGCUGAUACACAGUAUUUUGAUUAUGAAGAUGUUGUAGUAAGUUCCUAUGCUAAGGAUUUAUCAGAAUCUGUGAUACAGGAGGCCUUUAUUGAACUAUCCCAAGUGAAUGUGACUUUCACCACAGAAGCUGCUAUAAGUGUUUCCAUGGACAACCUGAAAUGUGUAAGUUCCGAAGGAAUAAAUCAGUCAACUCAAUCAUCAUCCUCUUAUCUUGGUCCUUCUAAUUUAGCCUCGCCUGCUCCACAUGAGUCCAAGAGAGACUUCACUGUUCAUUAUGCUUUACUGUUUACAUCUGGUCUUAUGAGUUCUGUUCCUGUGCCUGUAGCAGCAAAAGUGCUAAGCCAGCAUUCAGUUUCCAAUGGCCACAAAGACCUGUCCACCAAUAAUAUGUGCAUUAAUAAUGCAGACAAUUAUAAUUUCUCGAGAAAAGACUUUGAUGAACUGCCAUUUGACAAUAGCCGACAAGAGCAAAGAUAUGUAGACUUUGUAAAGGAGGAAGUGGAUGGAGUAAAACCGUUCUCAGUGACAAUGGUGGAUAUGAUUGUAAAUGAAGCAUAUGAUGUUAUCAAAUCAUCCAGAGCUGUGGAAGAUUAUGCUGCAAUGAUGACCAAAAGAAUUAUUGAGAUCCCUCCCAAACACCUUUUAUUAGGGGGUGGUUCCCCACCUCAUCAAUUUUCAGAUGAGUUGGCUAACUGUGCUUGUAGGCAUCCAAAUGAAAAAAAUGCACAAUCUCUAUCAAAUAGAUGGGGUUCAAGUAAAUCUAACCAAGAUAUAGUGGAACAUGCCUCUCUGAGUCCUUACUUUACUGCAAAACCUUCUACAAGGGACCGCAAGUCUGGGUCUGCCAAUGAACCUGCAACCAUUGCUCUUCUAGGGAAUUCAAAUAAUGGUAACAAUAAAGCCAGUUUGGGAGGUUUAACUGCAAGAAGAAUAGUAGAAAACAAUGAAGCUACAGACCCCCCAGUGUUUGGCCUUCAAAGUUGUCUUCCUCAUAUCAAUAGUUUUUCCUCUGUGAUGUGCAGUUGUGGUGAGGAUUUCUUUAUGGGGAAUAGGAGUUCCUAUAAAAGUUCAAAUGUGACCUUACUGCCUGGCACGCCACCUUCUACACCUCUAAUGUCUUAUGACACAAGUCCUGAGAGAAGCAUGAGAAAACUAAGUAAACAAUUAAAGGGGCAACUGGCAAAAGAGUUCUAUCCUGCCACCCCACCAUCUACACCCCAUCUGUCUGCUUAUGAACAUAACGGUAUGAAAAAGGAUGACUUUAUGCUUAGGCUUAUGAGGUCUCUCUCAGAAGAGGUUGAAAGUUCCAGUAGUGAUGAGAGUUUUGAAGAGUAUGAGGUAUCUACAGAAACUUGUAGAUAUGCUGAAUAUUUGUCAAGUAACAUCAUAUCCAUUGCUACGGACAUGGCUGCUUAUUCGUUAGCUGAAGAGUCUGCCCAGGGACCACCAAUGAAAAACAGGUCACAGUUAAGCUUACUGAGUGAUAAAUGGGGAUACCCGGCCUACAUGAGAAAUAUUACAGAGGAUCUUUUGGGAACUUUAUGUUCAUAUGCUAACUGUGUUGCUGGUGAAGUCAUCAGUGAUGCAAAGGAAGUGCUAAGCAGCAGAAAGAACUCUGCCUGUGACCUGGAGUAUAGCGGUUCACAAAAAUCUGAUAAAGAUUGUAGACCCAAAGAAAGAAGUCAUUAUUUCACAAGCUUUAUAUCUUCUGAUGCAGCAACUCUUCCCCUGCCUCACCAUUAUGGUGGUGCAGGUUUGACUUCAAAAUUUCCAAGCUGUGAAAGUGUAACUGAAGAGUAUGCUGACCACCUCAUACGGGUUCUAAAAAUGGAAGGAGGGAGCAGCGAGUUAAUACUGGAUCAAUAUGCAGGUAGAUUAGCUUAUAGAGCUAUAAAGUCUGGCUUGCAGCAGGCCUCUAAAACCGUUAAGUCAAAGAGCAAUAGGAAAAUAAUGCCUAGAAUGAAACCUGAAUCAAGUAGUAACAAGGACAUAUUCAGACUGUUGGGUAGGACUCGCCAUGCAGGUAAAGACAGUCGUAGACAAAAUAACUUUAACCUCCCUUCUUUCACUGAGAACUCUGCACACAAAGCAGAGUUUAAUAGGCUGGUUCAUUUUGCAGAAUCUCUUGCUAACACCAUAACAUGUGAUGUAAAGAAAAGGUUAAAAAUGUCUGCUACUUCUCUUCCCAAAUCGUUAACUGAUUCCUGUCUCUAUACAAAAUCCAAAAGCGAUUAUGUCAAUGGAGAAAUUGUCAAAACCUCAUUUUCCAAGACACCCUUACUUUUCUCUUGUAAACAGAAGCUCUAUCACAGCACAGGUAGUUUGAAUGAUAAUGGUUAUAGUGAAAGUUUUGUACAAGCUAUUGAGCAAUAUGCCUGCAAGGUUGUAGAUAGCACUUUAGAAUUUAGCUUGGAGCGGGCAAGGUUUCAAGCAAUGGAAAACCGAAGGAAAACUGACAAAGACUUGAAUGCCACAAAACUUGUACAUUCUUACGGAACUGCUUGCAGGUUAUGUAGUGCAAAGGAGCAGCAAGGAAUACCUUUGUCAUCCUGUCACUUCUUACUGGGACACGAUGUAUCCAGAAAAAUUAAACAGUCUGCAAAGCCUAAGCAAAAUACUGGUCAAAAAUCAAGACUUUUUCAUCUGAACAUCCCCAAAAUUCAAAUAGACCUUGAUAAAAGGGCAAUGUUUGCCGAUAAAAUAGUGAGUGCAGCUAUUGAGAAAGCAGAGCGGGAACUCAGCAGCACAAGUUUGGCGGGUGAUAGUGGUAUUGGACAUGAUGGGGUCAGCUUUGCCGAAAGCCUAACCACUGAAAUCUUAAUGUCUGCUAUGAGGAAUAUUGGCCAUGUUGUUAAUAUAAGUUCUGUUGGAAAGGAUGGAUUCCAGUCAGCAGAUUCAAUGACGAGCCAACAAACCAGUGUUAGCGUUGGUGAUGACAGCACAGGAAGCUGGUCCAAUCUGAGCUUUGAGGAUGAACACCAAGAUGAAAGCAGCAGUUUCCUUCACCUCAGUGACAGUAAUGGUAACAGCAGUAGCUGGAGCAGUCUGGGAUUGGAAGGAGACCUUUGCGAAGAAAAUUUAUCCUUCCCACCAUCAGACAGUGAUGGGGCAGAAGAAAAAGAUGAACACAAAGUUACGACAGAAGUUGAAAAACGGUGCAAGAUUCUGCUGAUUAGAAAUAUUGAUAUGGGACCAAAUACAGUAGAAUCACAAUUGAGAACAAUAUUACAAUGGAUUGCUGCCUCGGAGUGUGAUAUAUUGGAGCUCUGCUUUCAUGAGAAUGCCAUAAAAGACCUUUUACUUCUUUACAGGCGAAUCCAAGAAAAGGGCUGGAAAACUAGUGACCUCUUGCAAGCCGUUCUUCAGUACUGUGAAAGCUCAGAGAUGUCCUCAAAUCUCCCAAGUCCAUUGUUUAGCUGGCUUUUGGAAAUUGUUUAACGAGCACUUUAUAGAUUAGACUUACUGGAAAAUAUAAAAGGAUAUCUGUGAAUAUAUCUGCAAAAGGCGAUUUGAACUGACAGAUUUAUAAAUACGCAGUAUAAUGCUGUAGCUUUGCAUUGUGGCAUUUGUGUGCACAAACUUACAUAUGUGAUUGAUGCAUAUCUUUGUGGUUGGUACCAAGAUGUUUUAAGUAAUUGUGCUGUUCUUGCAUAAAGUGAAGACAUAUAUUGGCGCUAAUAUCAAUUGGAAGGCACUGCUUUUAGCAUCACAUAUCACUAUGAAAAUGUUCUUAAUUUUUAAACCCAAGUUUAUUGUUGCAUCACCCUUAAUGCUGUUUUCCCAAUUUCAUUAAACCUUAAGGGAAAGAAAAAAGGAAACUGCCAUUGCUUAUCUCUCCUGACUUACUAGUCUGCAUACUACAGAUCGGUGACUCAGAACGAAAUAAGGCCAGAGACAACCAGACAAUUGGUAUUCUUCAAAGGUCUGGUAUUUGUCUUUAUAAUAGGGAAAUUCCUAUACAGGGGCACUUGUGCUGACUGUUGGUAUUGGCCUUCAAUGACCAGCUGUCUUGAGGCCAAUUGAGAGCAACUACAAGGUAGCCAUAAGGUGCUGAACUGCAGAAAGCAAUCUUUGUGAAAAUUGUAAUUCCUUUUUCAAGUGCUUUUAUUAUUUAUAACAUCCACUACUGUGCUGUAUUUAAUGUCCUUUUCAUUGUGUUGAUUCCAACUGCUUUUUUAAUUGGACCUUUUAACGGAGGCCACACUACUCAUGGGGACCUCCUGAAGCUCUAGGCAGCUUGUGCUUAAGAAUACUCUUGUGUUCUAGCUGGCUUGCAAAUAUACUUGUAUUUGGUCACCAGCAAUGACAAUGUAAAUGUCCUUUUCAAAGUGAAUGCCUCUCAUGCAUAUUUAAAAGGCAGUUUAAGCCAGAGUUUGAGCUAGGGGUUUUUUCAUAGCAUUUCUCAAAGAGCAAUACAUAAAAGUGACCAGAUAUCUGCUUUUUCAACUGUUUAUUUUAAGCAAGUCUAGUCAGCAGCAAAGUACUGUAAGAAAAUGCAUUAUUUCCUAUAUGGGUGGUUCGCAUUUUCAUGCUGCAGUUGAAUGUUUUUAUUAGUCUAUAACACCCCCCCCCCCCCCCCAAUACUACAUGUGCAUAUUGGGCUCCUAAUCCCCACUGCUACAUCAAGAACUGCACUAUGCUGCCUGAUGAAAUGUAUAGAAUGGUUAAUACCAGGUGUAUAAGGUCUUAUUAUUGGUCAAUUAAUGGCCAAUCCUUGCAUGUAUGUCUCACCCAAGACCAACUUCCUGAUUGGCUAUAGAUGGCACAUAACAGUAUAUGCUCAAUUCACAAACCUGUAUUUCUCUUGUUCUAGGUGUUUUAUUUGAAGUAACACAUCACAACAGAAGUACAUCCUCUAAAUGCACUUUCUGAUGAAUAAGCGUACUCUGUUAUCUAAAAAAAAAAAAGGCUGCUGUAUGAGAGAUAUUCCUACAAUACAUUCCUUGAUACUGUUAGCAACCAGUCAGAAUCCUUGUUUAAUCUGUAAUCCUGCACUGCAGAAAUUGACAGUUGGAAUCUGACCGGUUGCUAUAGGUAAGCAGAAGUGUUCUUGUCAGCAAAGCAUACAAAAGCCUCACAAAGUUUACUGUGGAGCGUCACAUUAAAGGAAGGAAAAUAAGCUCAUAUUAUGGUGUGUUUCCUUGUACUACUAAUAUAUUAUGAAUCUGGCAACAUUUUAAAUACAUUUCAGUGAUGAAAUCUAAAUAAAUAGUUUCUCAUACCAGGUAAGCAGUGCCUAAGAUAUGUCUAUAGUACAGAUAAGAAAUAUUUGUAAUCAAAUAAACCUGUACACGCUUUUAUAUCAACUUACACUUUCCACAUUGUAUCCAGAAUUCACAGAUUAAUAUAAAAAAUAAACUCAUUCCUUUUUCCAUUCAACUUAGAAUUUUACAGGGUACAUUCACUUAAAACUACAGGGUUUUGUGAUAAAAAAAAAA